AUGGCGACGCAAGUGCUUGUGGGGACGUACACGCGCAAGGAAGACCAUGUCGACGGCAAGGGCAAGGGCGUCUACGCCAUCUCGGUCGAGCACGCGACGGGCAAGAUGAGCCUCCUCGGCGUCACGGACGUGGGCGUCAACCCGUCGUUCGUCGCCGCGGCCAAUGGCGUCGCCUUCGUCGUCAACGAGUGUGCGGACGACGUGAACGGCCAAGCGACGGGCUUUCUCCGUGCGUACGUGAUCGGCGCCGACGGUCAACUUACCUUGAAGAAUAUGGAGCCGUCGCAUGGCACGUAUCCCUGCCACGCCUCCGUGGACCCGUACGGGCGCUACGUGGCCGUGUCCAACUACGGCGGCGGGAACGUCGCGCUGUACCCGAUCCAGCCCGAUGGCUCGAUCGCACCUGCGUCGAGCAUCCAGCAGUUUACAGGCGCGAGCCUCGUGAACGCCGCCCGCCAGGAAGCCCCGCACUGCCACAGUACGACGUGGGCAGGCGCUAAUUUGUUCGCGCUCGACCUCGGAAACGACAAGGUCAUGCAGUUUGCGCUCCAGGCGGUGACAGGUGCGCUCGAGCCCCAUAGCGCCCGUGCGUUUGUGCCGCAGCCGCCGGGCGCCGGUCCCCGGCACAUGUCGAUGCACCCGACGCUUCCUGUCGCGUACGUCGUCCACGAGCUGAGCAACAGCCUCGGCGUCUUUGCGCUCGAAAGCGAUGGGUCGCUUGCAGCGACGCCGCUGCAGACGGUCUCGACGCGUCUGCCCGAGCGCGCCCAGACAGACGCCUUUAGCCUCAACGCCGAGGUGCAGGUCGCGCCGUCGGGCCGCGCCGUCGUCGUCUCGAACCGCGGUGACGACACGCUCGUCACGUUCCCGAUUACUGCCGACGGUCGCGUCGAUGCCCCGACGUUUGUGUCGAGCGGCGGCCUCUUCCCCCGCCACUUUGCCUUUGUCAGCAACGACCUCGUCUUGUCGGCCAACCAAAACUCCGACUCGAUCUUGACGUACCGCUUGGCACCGAACGGGUCGCUCGAGCCGACGGGCGAGUCGAUUGCGAUCCCGACGCCCGUCUGUCUCUGCCCGAUCGCUGAUGCGUAAAUUGUGAAACGACAUAUAAGCGGCUCUUCUUAGUGUC